AUGGAAUAUCGCUUUAAAGUUGUUCUUCUCGGUGAAGGAGCUGUAGGAAAGUCAUCUCUCCUCCUACGUUAUGUUGAAAAUAAGUUCGUUGCCCAUCAUAAUUCAACAAUACAGGCUUCUUUUCUUUCAAAAUCUAUAACUAUUGAUGACAAAAUGAUAGAGUUAAAUAUAUGGGACACUGCUGGGCAGGAGAAGUAUCAUGCUUUAGGCCCAAUCUAUUACAGAGGGAGUCACGGAGCUUUGCUAAUCUAUGAUAUCACAGAUCAACAGUCCUUCGUCAAGGUGAAAGUAUGGGUCAAAGAACUUCAGCGAGCUUUGGGCGAUUCAGUUUCUCUUUUCAUCAUCGGCAACAAACUUGACUUAGAAAGCAAUAGGACUAUCAAUUAUGAAGAAGCAACGGAAUAUGCGAAAUCUGUAGGUGCUUCGUAUGCCGAGACGUCAGCAAAAGAAAACCUUGGAAUUUGCAAUGUGUUCGAAGAACUAUGUAGAGCUAUGCUAGAAGCUGCUAAAGAGAAUCCUAAUAAUAACCGAGGCAACGUAAGCAAUACACGAAGGACGAUCGAACUAAUGGAUGAUGAGCCAUCGUCUAGGAAAAGCAAGUGUUGCUAA